CUUCGGCCCACGCAUCCGCUGUACCAGCUAACGUCUCGCGACUCAGGCUCGAGCCGACUCGGCCUGCUCGACGAUCCCACGAACAAGCGAGCCAGCGAGCUAGUCAGCCAGCUAGCUGUCCGAAGCCGCCGCACCACGAUGCUGGCCCGGGGCUGCACCCGUUGCGUCGCGCAGGCGCGCGGGCCGGCCUCGAUCCGCCUGCUGAGGACGAGCCUCGCCCGCGCCUCGCCCGGCCGGCGCUUCUCGACAUCAUCGUCGUCGUCGGCAGCUUCGGCGUCUGCGACGGGCUCGGGAAACGCUGUAGGGGCGCUGGCGCCCUUUGUCAGCGAGCUCGACCGCAUGGCGCCGAGCUUCGACGUGCGUGGCGGCGACAUUCACAUCCUGCGCACGCCCUCCGACUUUUAUGAGACGCUCAAGGACCGCAUACGCAACGCCAAGCACCGCAUCUUCCUCUCGACACUCUACAUUGGCAAGUCGGAGCGAGAGCUCAUCGACACGCUGCGUGACGCCCUUGCCCGCAACCCCGAUCUGACGCUCAGCAUCCUGACGGACGCGCUGCGCGGCACCCGCGAGAGCCCGGACCCGUCGUGCGCCUCGCUGCUGGCGCCCCUCGUCGCCGAGUUCGGCCCCCGCGUCGAGGUGCGCAUGUAUCACACCCCGAACCUGACGGGCGCGCGCAAGCGCUACAUCCCGCGCCGCAUAAACGAGGGCUGGGGGCUGCAGCACAUGAAGCUGUACGGCGUCGACGACGAGAUUAUUCUCUCGGGCGCCAACCUGUCGACCGACUACUUCACCAAUCGCCAAGACCGGUACCACCUCUUCUCGUCCAAGCAGGUGACGGACCACUUUUGGAACAUCCACAACGGCGUCGCGUCGUUUAGCUUCCUCGUCGAGCGGUCCGACGAACCCGCCGGCUUCGCCCUGACCUGGCCGGAAACCAAUUCGGCGCCCUCGCCGCUGGAGCAUCCCAAGGCCUUUGUCAAGAGCACGACGGCGACUCUGGAGCGCCUGAUAUCGCCGCCCGCCACAUCAGGCCGGGCAGACUCGACAGGCAACCUCCCCGACACGCGGGUGUACAUGCUCGCGCAAAUGUCGCAGGUGAUGCGCCCGGACACGUCGACGGAGCUGCCCGUCGUCACGCGCAUUCUCGAGCGCCUCGCCCAGCCGCAGUACGCGGGCUCUUCGUGGACCUUUACGGCCGGCUACUUCAAUCCGGCCCCGUCGCUCAGCAAGCUGCUCCUCGAGACGGCGUCGUCGCGCAACGUGGUCAUCACCGCCGCGCCCGAGGCCAACGGCUUCUACCGCAGCAAGGGCGUCUCGGGCCUGCUGCCCGACGCGUACGUGCUGCUCGCGCGCCGCUUCGUGCACGCCGUGCACCGCGCCGGCCGCGACGUCGGCCCCGCGGCCAUCGCCCUCAAGGAGUGGCGCCAAGGCACGGCGGGCCGCCCGGGCGGCUGGACGUACCACGCAAAGGGCCUCUGGGUCACCAUGCCCGACGGCGACGGCGGUGGCGACGGCCCGGCCAUGACCCUCGUCGGCAGCUCCAACUACACGCGCCGCAGUUACUCGCUCGACCUUGAGGUCGGCGCGCUCGUGGUGACGCGCGACGCGGACCUGCGCCGGCGCCUCGCCGAGGAGGAGCGCUGGCUGCAGGAGCACGCGCGGACGGUCACGCGCGACGACUUUGCGCGCAACGACCGCCGCGUCGGGCUCAAGGUGCGCAUCGCCAUGUGGAUCGUGCAGCUGGUGGGCGGCGCGCUGUGAGGAGGAGAGGCGCUGUGAACCGAGAGGCGCUGAGCCAAAGCGAGAAGCUUGGAAAACGGUGGCAGAGUACGUAUGCAUACAAACCGGUGCGCUCAGAGCAGAGCAGUGCGGAGCAGAUGAACGGUGCCCACAUGGUAUUACAGUGGAAACGGCGUUGAUCAUGAGCAUCCCCUUAGCUCUGGUAUAGUAGGGAGUAUAGAAAGUACAUAGAGACACGCGCGAGUGCGUGGGCGUCAGACAGGUAGAUGCAUGAGUGAUACCCCUGGAUAGACUCCAUAGCAAGUCAGUUGGCUAUUGUGGCUCUGCAUCAUGAGCCGGCCACGAAGAAAAGGGCGUGAGCGACACC